GACUACUACGUGACGUGUGAAGUCCAUGUUUGUCCUAGCCUUUCAAAAGGUGCAGGGGGACCUUCAGACGUUGCCCCAGCGAUGGCUUCUGUCCGUGGUUCAGCUCACUUUGUUUUCUGUUCCAUGCGGAAGUGAUGGGUCACCGAGCUGCUCUUUUGGCGUGCUUGCACCUGCAACUGGCGCUCUCAAGCCGAGUGGCCGGUCAUGACCAUUCUGCCCUGGACUUCAUCUCGGAGGUGGCCAGACAGAAGAGGAGUGACAGUGAGAUGAGCCACGGCAGAUCCAGUGCAGAAAGUCAAGGCACGCUCACCGCCCACGACGUCGCACAAAUGCGCGGCAGCGACGAUGGAUGCAUGUACGAGAACCAGGAGAAGAUGGGCUGUCAUGCUGGAUGUGGAUGCUCUUGGUUCGAGCAGUGCUACCCCAAGUUUGUCAUCAUCCGGGAUCAAGGUGCAACGGGAAGCAACGUGGAGAAGGGGAGGACCAAAAUCAACGUGGGCGUUUGCGGCGUCGCCAUGCCAGUUUUAGCACUGGCGUCCGUCAUGCUCUUCGUGGUAUUGAUCGGCAGUGUCGUCGCGGCCCGCAUGCUCCUAGCGAAGGACCCUGUGGUGGAUAACAGCCUGCCCAGCAACGGGAGCCUGGCGAUGUUGGCGAGCGAUAGCAAGGCUCGAGCAAGCGGCAACAAAGAGGCGGAACAGGCAGCGCAGGCGCCAAGCUCUGAAGCUGACAACGCUUCCCCAGCGGACGGCACCGGUGCUGCGCCAGAUAGCUCGCAGGAUGCGAGCUGAAGAUUGUCUUAGUUCCUAGCGGAACAAGCCAACAACGUGCAUUGCUGUAAAAUUAUGC